AUGGUUGCACAACAAUACUUUUGUCUCUUCGCACGUCACUCUGAUAAGAAACACAAAACAUGGAGAGACGGAAUGAUAUACGUCCAGGGAACGCAGAGAUUUGCACGCGUUUCCCUUUAUGAGACGGAUAAUCACAACCAUAUGACAGGACCCGUACUUGACACAUUCGACUUGUUUAACAUUCAACAAGACAAUUUGACAGGUCAGGUGAUCACAUCUCCGAGAUUUGUUGUCAAGGUUUGCGACUUAAAUACCAAUUUUCGGAAGAGAGCUCUGCCACAGCUCCCCGCAGCUGUGAAUAAUACACAUUCACCUCUGUUUACCCGUCCUGGCAGAAGAACCCCUGCUUUGGGAACCCGACGGCGCUUGAAACAAUACCGUGUAUCCCAUAUGGUGGUACCCACAUGGUCGUCAAGGCUGCAACCUGUUGCCGCAGGGUGUGAUAUUCAGUCUGAGCACCGCCUUUCAGUGGCAAACCAGGAUACUAGCAUGGGCAAUGUACGGGGUAUCGACAGGUCUCAAUAUAACGCUGACUCUUCCAGUAUCAGCCAAUACAGGUGCCUGGAUUUUUCAGUGGAUGGAUUGUACGUCAGCUCUGAGACUCAGGACCCUGCAAAACCAACAGUAGCAACACCACUGGUAUCUUCAGAACCCGAAAAACAUCAGCCCCUGGAGCCGGCUGCAAACUCGCAAACUGGUUUCACAUUGGGACCACACUGUGACUUAGUGCCGACCACACACCAUACGCUGAAUACCCCCGUACAACGCAUUUCAAAACAAGUUGCACCAACACCACAUCCGAUCGCGUGGUCCGAAGGACAAUCACACGAUGUAGUUAGGCCAUUUGCUGAAGAAUCUGUCACUAAUCGCUGCACGGUCCUCCACUCGAAUGAGCCUCUGGGCAAAAACUUUUUGGUACAUCUUAUAAAUUCGUCAGAUGAUGCAUCUGAAGUGCCACCUCCUUUUGAUGAACCGCCAAUUGUGGAUUCAGAGCUGCUUGACUGUAUAGAGUCAGCCUUAGGACACUUCGGCGAAUCAAAGCGCGACUCACCGAACCACGAUAUGCGAUCUACGGAUGCGUCACAGUUGACUUCUCUCUCAUACACGCCAACGCAACGCGGAACUUUGGUGAGCGAUUCAUACACCUAA